AUGGAAGAGGACGACGAUAUCGAGAUCAACGAAAACGUGAAACUGUACGAAACACUCAAACGCGCCUGGAACGAUGAAAAGAACGCGCCGAUCUUGUUGAAAUUCAAAUCCACUGAAGUUGCGCGUUUCCAAACUUUACUCGCUUCCCGCGAGCGAGAAAUCGAAGAGAUGGAAAACUCCGCGAACGAAUCCGGGGACGGGAACGAAAUGCUCUUAUCUGCGAUCGGGAGAGAGGAGUUGAACAGGGCGAAAUACGUGUUGAGGAGUUAUUUGAGGACGAGGAUUAAGAAAAUUCAACAGUUUCCCGUGCACGUGUUGCAACGAGAGCGGGAAGCGGUCAGCGGAAAGGAGUUAGUGUUUACGGAGGAAUUAGUCAAGGCGUACGAGGUACACGCGCAGUCUGUGCUCGCGAAUUUUCCGUUGAAAGAGUACCAAAGCGCGUUUAUGGAGUUUGGAGAGGAGGAAGUUGGAGAGGAGUCGAUGGUGUCGCAUCCGAACGAAGCGAAUAAGAUGGUAUUUAUUAGAAUUUUGGAGGACGUGGGCAUAUUUAAGUUCGACGACGGCACGGACGAGGGGGACGCGGCUGAUUUGAAGAAAGGAAGGAUUCUGUUUUGUAAAUUUGAGCAGUUCAAAGGGUUGUUAGAAAGUAGCGAAGAGGGAGGCACGCCGAGAGCGGAGUUGCUUUGA